UCACUCAAGUCAAAGAAGAGAACAUUGACUAAUUAUGCGUACGUGUCAGAUUACGAUUGGUUCACGCUCUUAGUCUUUGACCCAAUCAGAAUCCGCCACGUUUCAUUUCUCCUAAAUAUACUGCGUCGUUUUGACUCUGCAAUAAAUUCGGAAAGAUUUUCUUACCAAAUUCCAUUUCUGUAGAUUUCUCUGUCUUUUUCUUUUUCUUUCUAGUUUCUAAUGUCUGAGACUCUCGUAUUCAUAUUUUCACUCUCUGAAUCUCAACAAUGGCGGCACCAACAAAAACUCUCCUCCUCCUCUUAUUUUCGCUUCUUCUCGUUUCGUUCUUCCCCCAACAAUCAUCGUCUUCUCCGUCAUCACCUUCCGCCAUCGAUGACAAUCUCGAAGACGACAUCGCGUUUCUUGAGUCCGAAGAAACCGAAUCCUCGACGACUCGUGAUAAUUACGAGAACUACGACGAUCUCAACGGCGAAGAUCGCAAUCAUGGUCGUGGAACGGCGUCGCUGUGGCCGAGCCAGGAAGAGGAAAAGGACGUGGUGGUGUUGAAGAAGGAUAACUUCAGCGAGUUUUUGGAGACGAACGGGUGCGUGAUGGUUGAGUUUUACGCGCCAUGGUGCGGGCAUUGCCGGAUGCUGGCGCCAGAAUACGCCGCGGCGGCGACGGAGCUAAAGGGAGUAGCGGCGCUGGCGAAGGUCGACGCGACGGAGGACGGCGAGCUGGCUGAGAAAUACGAGGUUCAAGGGUUCCCCACUGUGUAUCUGUUUGUUGAUGGAGUUCGCUUGGCUUACGAGGGCGAAAGAAGCAAGGAUGCAAUUGUUGCUUGGGUGAAGAAGAAAACUGGACCUGCCAUUUACAAUAUAACUACGACAAGAGAGGCAGAAGAAAUUUUGGCUACUCAGCCUAAAGUAGUUCUAGGGUUCCUUGAUUCCUUAGUGGGUUCGGAGAGUGAGGAACUUGGUUUUGCCGCCAGAUUACAGGACGACGUAAAUUUUUAUCAAACUAUUAAUCCCGAAGUUGCGAAGCUUUUCCAUAUUGAUCUGAUAACAAGACGUCCUGCUCUAGUCCUGCUGAAGAAGGAAGAUGAAAAGAUUAGCCACUUCGCUGGUGAAUUUUCCAGAUUGGCAAUAGCUGAAUUUGUGUCAACCAACAAGUUUCCUUUGGUGAUAAAUUUUAGUAGAGAAACCAGAGAUUUCAUAUUCAAAUAUUCACCAAAAGGCAAACUGUUGCUUUUCGCCACUAAAGAUGAUUCAGAAAAAUUCAUCCCCAUGCUCAAAGAGACGGCUAAAGCUUACAAGGAAAAGUUUGUUUUCGUCUACGUUGAAAUGGACAGCAAAGAUUACGGGCUUCAGCUUUCAAAUUACUAUGGAGUUUCUGGAGAUGCACCAAGAGUUCUUGUAUAUACAGGAGGUGAUGAUCGGAAGAAAUUUGUAUUGGAUGCCGAAUUGACCUCAAGUAGCAUUAAGCGGAUUUCUUGGCAGACAAGCUUAAGCCUUUCUAUAAGUCAGACCCAAUUCCAGAAGCAAAUAAUGGAGAUGUUAAAGUGGUUGUUGGUAAGAACUUCGAUGAAAUUGUGUUGGACGAGUCGAAAGAUGUUCUUCUUGAGAUAUAUGCACCUUAGGUGUGGGCAUUGCCAAGUUAUGGAGCCAACCUACAACAAGCUUGGGAAAUACUUAAGAGACACUGACUCACUCGUUAUAGCUAAGAUGGAUGGCACCACCAAUGAGCACCCUAGGGCUAAGAGUGAUGGAUUUCCCACACUUCUCUUCUUUCCGGCUGGAAAUAAGAGCUUUGAUCCGAUCACAGUAGAAACUGAUCGAACAGUGGUUGCAUUCUACAAGUUCCUCAAGAAGCAUGCAUCUAUCCCUUUCAGACUCCGGAAACCAGACACAACUAAAAGUUCAAAGAGUGUGGAUUCCUUUACAAGUGAUGAUAGCAAUGAUAACGAUGUGAAAGAUGAAUUGUAAUACUCGAAUUUGCGAAUGUUAUAAAAUUAGAAGCCUACUUCUAACUUGACAUAUUUGUGGAAAACAACAUGACAUUGCUUGAAUGGCUGUUCUUGUGGCAAA